GCGUUGGCUGGUUUAAUAAACAUUGUUAUGGAUAUUCUACAUUUCUAUGUUACUAUAGUAGUGGAAACAUUACAGUAUAUAAGGCUAGCGUAUCGACAGCAAUAUCACAGUCAACAUCCAGCAACUUCUGCGUAUCGACAGCAAUAUCACAGUCAACAUCCAGCAACUUCUUCAUUAACUCAACAAUUUCAAGAUGUCGUACAGAACUUCUACUGUUGAUUCUGGAUCAGAGAACGACUUUGAAGGAUUCGUAGACAUGAAAAUGAAGCCUUCGACUUCGAAACAAACUAAGACGGCUUACAAAAGAGGAGCUGAAAAAGCGAUUGAUAAGAAAAAUAACAAAAAAAAUAAACAGGCAAAAACAAGUUCAUCUUACAGAGAAAUGUUAGAAGAGAAGUUGCGGGCGGAAGAUUAUGACGAAGAAAUCUUCAACACAAUUACAUUCAGGCAGGGAGAUGGUUUGGCCACCAUAAAAAGCCAGUUCAAUCCGGACGACAAACCGACGGACUAUUGGACUAUUACGCACUACAAGUGUAAAAAUAUAAACAAUGUACCUACGAAAGAGAGGUGGCGUCACUCUGAGGCAACUGUUAAAAUAACUACUUCUGAUAAGUCGAAAGACCAGGCGGUCAAUAACAGUUUGAAUGAGACCAUGCAGGUCAUCUUCGAUGUAAUAUUGAAAGACCCUGAACGUCGAACUAUCAGAAGUAAAUUAGCUGUAUGAUAAUAAUUGGUGUAAUAUAAAAUAAACAAUAUAUAUAUAUAAAAAUAAUUUGUAAUUUAAUAAAUAAAAAAAUAUAUAAAUAUAAAUGAAUUUGUAUUAUAUCAUACUAUUAAGUCCUGUAAAAUCAUGUCAGACAUUGCGUUAAAAUGAAAUUGUAAUAUUUCAUACAAAAAUGAAGUGUCAUCGUUUUGUAGAUGAGAAUAAUAAUUAAAAUCAUAGUUUUGUA